GGUCGCCUUUACACCAUGACUCGAGAGGAGUUGCUGCGUCAGAAAUUUAUUUUGGAUAUCCUCAAUCAAAUCGAGUUGCCACUGCAAGAUAUGGUCGAAAGCUCGUCUGAAGAGAUGCUAAAUGAAAAUAUGUUUGAAGGAAUCCUUGACAAUGAUAUGCAAUUGAUGUUGGACUUAAUACGCAAUAAUCGAAUGUUGCAACGCAGCGAAGUCUUUGCGAUGACCAAUGAAAUGCAUCUUCGCCAGUUGAUUGGUCUCUAUCGUCUGUUUGUGCGUUGUCGUGAUUUCGAAACCCUGCAAAACUUGGCACUUAUCGCCCGCAACAAAAUGAAUCCUGUUUUAUUUGUAAAUGCCCUAACCUUGGCAUUGGGCGAUCGUGAGGAUACCCAAAUGUUGAUUAUACCCGCCCUGUAUGAAAUUCUACCCAAAACCUAUUUGGGUAACUCCAUAAUCACCACCAUGGGAACUAUCGAAGGAACACGAAUGAUGAAUCGAAAUGUGGGAUCGAUGCGUCCCAAUAUUUUAGAUAUCAUUGCCAUGGGCAAGGAUACGAGAGGUAUGAAUGCUCAGCGUAUGGAGGUAAUGGGUGUGGUUGACAGGUCGCAAUUGUGGAUGCCCUGGCGUGAUAUGCACCAGCAGUUGUCACUUCAAAAUUCAAUGGGAGGCCGAAUUCAAAAUGACAAAGAUAUGCCAGUGAUGCGAAUGAAUCGUGAUAGUGGUAGGGGUCUUAUGGUCGAAGAUGUUGGUAUGCGGGCAUUCCUAAAUAUACUCAUCGAUGAACUAAUUGUUCAACAAAUGCGUGUAAAUGAUAUGCAGGAGGAUGUAAUGGAUGUAAACGAACGGAUGUUGAAAAAUCGUGGCAUGGAAUGGAUGCGAGGACAGCACAACAUGGAUAUGGUGGACAACCAACAACGUAUUGACAGCAUGGAAAUCAUGGAUAGAGACGAGCCUAUGAUGCAUACCGCUGCCCGAAGAUUAAAUUUGUUGAGAGGAAAAUCGGGAAGUCGUUUAACUGAUAUUUUAAUGCCACAGCAACGAAUGCCACGUGCCACUCGUAUCGUAUCUACAAUGAAGAAUGAAGAUACACAAAAAAUGCACAUUGGCCAGUUGAUAUUGCAUCAUUUGAGGCAACUUAUGGCACGUCUCAAUUUGGAAAAAGUUUCGAUGACAAACAUCAAUGAUUCUGUGGAAAAUAUUAACAUUAUCGAUAACAUGAAUUUGAUGAAAAUGUUGCAAUACCUAAACGUCGAUGUGAAUGAGUUGAUGUUGGUGCGUAACAAAAUAAGCAUGAUGAUCGAAAUGGGAAUGAUGAGCGAUGUUGAGCUCAUGGAAAUGCUUGGCGUAACGAAAGAUUUGCAAAUGAUGGACAAAACUGAGAGAAUGGAUAACAUGAUGAUUAUGCUCCGGGUAAUUAUGCUGAAGAAUGUUGAUAUUAUCAAGGCUGUGGAUGUGUUGGAGCAUAUUAUGCUAGACUCAAGAAUUGUGACAAUCGAUCGUAGAAUGAUAAUCGCCAAUGUCAAUGAAAUCCGGCGUAUGGGCUUGAGAGCUGCCAUUGAUAUGUUAAGGAAAAUGAAUGCAAAUGACCAAAUGCAAAUGGAAAUCAUAAUGGAUGUUAUCGAUAAUAUGAUGCUGAGAGAAAAAAUCGUGGAUAUGACCAUCCCCAAUAUUGUGGAUGCGAUGGAUGUACGCAUGCUUGUGGAUAUUUUGAAUGUGGACAUGAACGAGAAAGUGGUGUUGAGAAAUCGCCUAAUGAAAAUGAUGGAAAUCGGUGUAAUGAGUCAAAUAGAAUUAAUCGAAAUGAUUGAUGUCAUUAAAAAUAUGCAAAUGUCUGAACGAGUUAUGCCAAAAAUCGAUAUGUUGCUGCGCUUGAUUGUGCUGAGGAAUAUCAACAUGGGAAAGCUUAUGGGAGUGCUUCAAAUGCCAGAUAUUGUGAAUAGCCUCAAUUUGAAGAAUCAACUGGAUAUCAAGGCGAAAAUUGUCGACAUUCAAAAGCUGAGCCGCAAGGAAAUUAUGGAUAUAAUGCAUCAAAUUGAUGUACUGAAUGUUGUCCAUCUGGGCAAAAGAAUCGAAAUGCUCAACAACAACAUGAUGGGCGCGGACAUGAAAAUGCAAAUCAUUGACAUAAUGGAUGUUAUCGAUAUCAUGAUGAAUGUGAUUUUGCAAAUGAUGCAAAAUAUGGGUUUAAUUAUGGACAUGGAUAAAACCAUGGCUCUGGAUAUGUUGCGGAAUUUGGAAAUGCCCAUGCGAGCUACCAAUGACAUGACAAUGUUGAAAACCCAAAUGACAACCAUGAUCCUGGGAAAUAUGAUUACUUCCGUGGACAUGAUGGAAAUAACUGACGGAAUGCGAAAAAUAAAAACAAUGGAAAACAUGGAAAUGAUGCUCAAGUUGAUUAUGCUCCAAAGUGUUGAUGCAAUGAAACUCUUGGAUGCCAGCAAAACAAACGAUAUUAUGAUGAUUUUGAGAACUAACAAUAACAUGGACUUGAUGGAACAACUUCAAAACCUGAUCCAUUUAGAUGUGAUCCAAAAAAUGGAAAUCGAUGAAGAAAUUAAGCAACUGAAUCAAAUGCCCCUAAUGAUGCGAGUGAAAAUCAUGUCACGAAUGGAUAUGAAAAUGAAAAACAAUAUCCUUAUCAUUAUGGAUGUUAUCGAUGAAAUGGUCUUGAUGAACAAAAUCGAUAUGUUGCGUAACAUGGACAUAAUUACAAGCAUGAAAUUCCAACAAAUCAUGAGAAAAGUGGUGGAUAUCACUAUGAUUACCGAUUUACUUGAUAUCGAUAACACCACCCGUGGCCGUUUGACAAAUAAAAUGACACAAAUGCUAAAUGUGGGUAUCAUGACCACGAAAGACAUCUUGGAGAUUGUGAAGACAAUCAAAACUAUCACAAAAAUCGAUCGCAAUAUCAAUGCCACACAAAUGAUAAAUAAAAUCGAUAUGAUGCUUAAACUGAUUACUCUGCGCAAUGUGGAUAUCAUGAAAUUAAUCGAUCUCCAGCAGACAACAGAUCUCAUUGGGCAAUUAAAUAUCGAUAACAAUAUGCUUAUGAAUAUUGAGACACUUCUAAUGCGGGAUAUGAUGGAAAAACAUCUAUUAAUCGAUCGUAUUAAUAUGCUGAAUCGUAUGCCUCUAAUUGAUCGAAUGAAUAUGCUGGAGAACAUGGAAAUGAAAUUGAAAAAGCAAAUACUUAACAUUAUUGAGAUUAUCGAUAUCAUGAUGGUGAAGCGAACAAUCGAUGUGACUCCCCAGGUGGGUCAGAUGAAUAAAAUGAAUAUGUUAAAUAAUAUGCACCAAAUGACCUCCAUGGAUGUGAUGGACAUUUCACGAGUUAUCGAUAUGUUGUCAUUGAAUACGAAUGAGAGAACCCUAAUAAUAAAUAAAAUCAUGAAAAUCAUCGAUAUGGGAAUGAUGACGAAAAUUGAUAUGAUGCAGAUGAUUGAGAUUCUGAGAGAUAUGGGAAUGCUGGAUAAAGUCCUUAUGAUGAACAAAAUGGAUAUGAUGCUUAAAUUAAUUAUGCUCCAGAAUGUUGAUGUGAUGAAAUUGAUGGAUCUACUAAAGGUCGAUGAUAUUUUGAAGACAUUGAAUGUAAAUAAUAUAAUGUCUAUGAAAAUGAUGAACAUGAAUGAUAAAAUGAUUCUGGUACAACAAAUCCAAACGAUGAACCGAAUGUCCCUCAUGGAACGAAUACGUACGAUGGAGACCAUGGAUAUGAACAUGAAAAUGAAUAUAAUGACCAUUAUGGAUGUUAUCGAUAACAUUCUGAUAAUGAAUAACAUGGUUAUGUUACGAGAUGUGGUCAUGCACAAGAAUAUGGGUCAUAUGGAAUCCAUGAAUAUGAUGAGCGGAAUGAGCACCAUGAAUAUGAUGAACAAUAGGGAUCUCUUACGAAUUAUCGAUAUGAUGGGCAUGAACAUGAAUGAGCGAACCAUUCUGAUGAACAAACUGCAGAUGAUGAUCAAUAUUGGCAUGACGAACCAAAUGGAUAUCAUGGAAAUGAUUGAUGUGCUGCAGACUAUGGGAUCCAUGGAUAAGCUUGUAAUGAUGAACAAAAUGGACAUGAUGCUUAAAUUGAUUAUGCUCCAGAAUGUCGAUGUGAUGAAAAUUAUGGAAUUACUUAAAGGCGACCAUAUUAUUAAGACAUUGCAUAUGAAAAAUAUAAUGGAUAUGACAAUGAUGAACAUGCAGGAUAAGAUGAUUCUGGUACAAAAAAUUCAGACGAUGAACCGAAUGUCCCUCAUGGAACGUUUGCGUAUGUUGGAGACCAUGGAUAUGAACAUUAAAAUGCAUAUAAUGACCAUUAUGGAUGUUAUCGAUAACAUGUUGAUAAUGAACAACAUGGUUAUGUUACGAGGUGUGAUUAUGAACAUGAAUAUGGGCCAAAUGAACUCCAUGAACAUGAUGAACGGAAUGAGCACCAUGGAUAUAAUGAACAAUAAGGAUCUUUUAAGAAUUAUCGAUAUGAUGGGUAUAAACAUGAAUGAGCGAACCGUAAUGAUGACCAAAAUGCAGAAUAUGAUCAAUAUGGGUAUGAUGAGCCAAAUGGAUGUUAUGGAAAUGAUUGAUGUGCUGAAGAAUAUGGGAUCCAUGGAUAAGCUUGUAAUGAUGAACAAAAUGGACAUGAUGCUUAAAUUGAUUAUGCUCCAGAAUGUUGAUGUGAUGAAAAUUAUGGAAUUACUUAAAGGCGACCAUAUUAUUAAGACAUUGCAUAUGAAAAAUAUAAUGGAUAUGACAAUGAUGAACAUGCAGGAUAAGAUGAUUCUGGUACAAAAAAUUCAGACGAUGAACCGAAUGUCCCUCAUGGAACGUAUACGUAUGAUGGAGAUUAUGGAUAUGAACAUGAAAAUGAAUAUAAUGACCAUUAUGGAUGUUAUCGAUAACAUCUUGAUAAUGAAUGACAUGGUUAUGUUACGUGGUGUGAUUAUGAACAUGAAUAUGGGCCAAAUGAACUCUAUGAAUAUGAUGAACGGAAUUAACUCCAUGAACAUGAUGAGCGGAAUCAACUCCAUGAAUAUAAUGAACAAUAAGGAUCUUUUAAGAAUUAUCGAUAUGAUGGGUAUAAACAUGAAUGAGCGAACCGUAAUGAUGACCAAAAUGCAGAAUAUGAUCAAUAUGGGUAUGAUGAGCCAAAUGGAUGUUAUGGAAAUGAUUGAUGUGCUGCAGACUAUGGGAUCCAUGGAUAAGCUUGUAAUGAUGAACAAAAUGGACAUGUUGCUUAAAUUGAUUAUGCUCCAAAAUGUCGAUGUGAUGAAAAUUAUGGAAUUACUUAAAGGCGACCAUAUUAUAAAGACAUUGCAUAUGAAAAAUAUAAUGUCUAUGAAAAUGAUGAACAUGCAGGAUAAAAUGAUUCUGGUACAACAAAUCCAAACGAUGAACCGAAUGUCCCUCAUGGAACGAAUGCGUACGAUGGAGACCAUGGAUAUGAACAUGAAAAUGAAUAUAAUGACCAUUAUGGAUGUUAUCGAUAACAUUCUGAUAAUGAAUAACAUGGUUAUGUUACGAGAUGUGGUCAUGCACAAGAAUAUGGGUCAUAUGGAAUCCAUGAAUAUGAUGAGCGGAAUGAGCACCAUGAAUAUGAUGAACAAUAGGGAUCUCUUACGAAUUAUCGAUAUGAUGGGUAUGAACAUGAAUGAGCGAACCGUAAUGAUGCACAAAAUGCAGGUGAUGAUUAAUAUGGGCAUGAUGAACCAAAUGGAUAUUAUGGAAAUGAUUGAUGUCCUAAAGAAUAUGGGAUCCAUGGAUAAACUUGUAAUGAUGAACAAAAUGGACAUGAUGCUUAAAUUGAUUAUGCUCCAGAAUGUCGAUGUGAUGAAAAUUAUGGAAUUACUUAAAGGCGACCAUAUUAUUAAGACAUUGCAUAUGAAAAAUAUAAUGGAUAUGACAAUGAUGAACAUGCAAGAUAAGAUGAUUCUGGUACAAAAAAUUCAGACGAUGAACCGAAUGUCCCUCAUGGAACGUUUGCGUAUGUUGGAGACCAUGGAUAUGAACAUUAAAAUGCAUAUAAUGACCAUUAUGGAUGUUAUCGAUAACAUGCUGAUAAUGAACAACAUGGUUAUGUUACGAGGUGUGAUUAUGAACAUGAAUAUGGGCAAAAUGAACAUGAUGAACGGAAUGAGCACCAUGAAUAUAAUGAACAAUAAGGAUCUUUUAAGAAUUAUCGGUAUGAUGGGCAUGAACAUGAAUGAGCGAACCGUAAUGAUGACCAAAAUGCAGAAUAUGAUCAAUAUGGGUAUGAUGAGCCAAAUGGAUGUUAUGGAAAUGAUUGAUGUGCUGAAGAAUAUGGGAUCCAUGGAUAAGCUUGUAAUGAUGAACAAAAUGGACAUGAUGCUUAAAUUGAUUAUGCUCCAGAAUGUUGAUGUGAUGAAAGUGAUGAAUCUACUUAAAAGCGAUGAUAUUAUGAAGACAUUGAAUAUGAAUAAGAUAAUGUCUAUGAAAAUGAUGAGCAUGAACGAUAAAAUGACUCUGGUACAACAAAUUGAAAAGAUAAAUCGAAUGUCCCUCAUGGAACGUAUACGUAUGAUGGAGAUUAUGGAUAUGAACAUGAAAAUGAAUAUAAUGGCCAUUAUGGAUGUUAUCGAUAACAUGUUGCUAAUGAAUGACAUGGUUAUGUUACGUGGUGUGAUUAUGAACAUGAAUAUGGGCCAAAUGAACUCUAUGAAUAUGAUGAACGGAAUGAACUCCAUGAACAUGAUGAGCAGAAUCAACUCCAUGAAUAUAAUGAACAAUAAGGAUCUUUUAAGAAUUAUCGAAAUGAUGGGCAUAAACAUGAAUGAGCGGACCGUUCUGAUGAACAAAAUAAAGAUGAUGCUCAAUGUGGGUAUGAUGAGCCAAAUGGAUGUUAUGGAAAUUAUUGAUGUCCUGAGAAAUAUGGGAUCCAUGGAUAAGCUUGUAAUGAUGAACAAAAUGGACAUGAUGCUUAAAUUGAUUAUGCUCCAGAAUAUCGAUGUGAUGAAAAUCAUGGAUAUUCUUCGUACCACUGAUCAUAUGAAGAAGUGGAAUAUGAAUAACAAAGUGAUUUCGAUAAUGGGAAUGCGAAUAACCAGCAAAACACAAAGAAUUGCUUUAAUUGAAAAAAUUAAAAUGAUGAACCGUAUGUCUUUAAUGGAAAGAAUGACAAUGAUGGACAAAAUGGAUGUAAAUAUGAAAAUGGAUAUUAUGACAAUAAUGGAUGUUAUCGACAACAUGUUGGUAAUGAAUGAUAUGGAGACGUUGAGAAAAAUUGUUACAUGGAAUAAGAACAUAAAUCAAAUGAACAUCAUAGAUAUGAUGAACGGAAUGAACUCCAUGCCCGUGAUGGACAGCCUGAACCCCAUGAAUAUGAUGAACAAUAUGGACCUAGUCAGAAUUAUCGAUAUGAUGGAUAUGACCAUGAAUGAGAAAACCAUGUUAAUUAGCAAAAUUAACAUGAUGAUCGAUAUGGGUAUGAUGAGCCAAAUGGAUGUCAUGGAAAUGUUGGAAGCCUCAAAAAGUAUGAGAACCAUGGAUAAAGUAGUCAUGCGUAACAAAAUGAAUAUGAUGCUCAAAUUGAUUAUGCUCCAGAAUAUUGAUGUAAUGACAAUGAUGGAUUUGUGGAAAAACAAAGAUCUAAUGAAUAUCAUUGGUGAUAAACACUUGAUGAAGGAAAUGAAAAAGAUUGUCAAAAAGGAUGUGACAGAAAAGUUGUCUCUGGUCGAUAAAAUUAACAUGCUCAAGAGACUAACAAUUAUGGAGAGAGUGACAAUGAUUGAGAGCAUGGAUAUGAAAAUGAGAACGGAUAUAAUGAUCAUAAUGGAUGUUAUCGAUAACAUGUUGGUUAUGAACAACAUGCAACUAUUGAGAGAUAUGAUUGUGAAUAAAAAUAUGCGGCAAAUGAACUCCAUGAAUGUGAUGAACGGCAUAAACUCAAUGGAUAUAAUGAACAAUGUGGACCUUACCAGAAUUAUCGAUAUAUUGGCUAUGAACGUGAAUGAGAAAACCAUGUUAAUGAACAAAAUGAAAAUGAUGAUGAAAAUGGGCCUGAUGACCCAAAUGGAUGUCAUGGAAAUAUUGGAGAUUUUGCAAAAUAUAAAAACCAUGGAUAAAGUAGUCAUGCUUAACAAAAUGAAUAUGAUUCUAAAAUUGGUUAUGCUCCAAAAUGUUGAUGUGAUGAAAAUGAUGGAUCUACUUAAAAGCAAAGAUCUUAGUAUAAUCAAUAUGGAAAAACAUAUGAUGAAGGAAUUGAAGAAAAUUGGCAAAUUGAACGGCAAAGAAAGAAUGUCUAUAAUUGAUAAAAUUAAUAUGCUAAAUAAGCUAUCGCUCAUGGAAAGAAUGCAAAUGAUGGAGAACAUGGAUAUGACUAUGAAAAUGAGUAUUAUGGCCAUAAUGGAUGUUAUCGAUAACAUGUUGUUAAUGCAAAAUAUGAGCAUGCUGAGAGAUGUGAUUAUAAGCCAAAAUAUGCUCCCAAUGAACGGAAUGAACUCCAUGAAUAUGAUGAACGGCAUGAAAUCCAUGAAUAUGAUGCGCGGAAUGAACUCCAUGAAUGUGAUGAACGGCAUGAAUUCCAUGAAAGUGAUGAGCGGAAUGAGCUCCAUGAACUCAAUUAAUAUAAUGAACAAUAAGGACCUUACAAACAUGCUUGAUAUAUUGGAUAUCAAUGAGAGAUCCCUGCUGAUGAACAAAAUGAUGACAAUGAUUCGUAGAGGCAUACUGACCAAUAUGGAUGUCAUCGAAAUGGUUGAUAUUCUAAAAAGUAUGAAAACAAUGGACAAAGUUGUCUUGAUGAACAAAAUGGAAAUGAUACUCCAACUGAUUAUGCUCCAAAAUGUGGAUGUGAUGAAGGUGCUGGAUCUACUCAAAACCACUGACCUCAUGAAUACCAUAAAUAUGAGUGAUAAAAUGACUGUGAUAAUGAAAUUGAAAAUGAUGGACAGAAUGAUGAUAAUUGAUCAGAUUGAUAUGUUGAAACUAAUUCCCCUGAGAGAAAGAAUGCUAAAGAUGGAGAGAAUGGAUGUGAGCAUGAAAAGGGAUAUUAUGACACUAAUGGAUGUUAUCGAUAACAUGAUGAUGAUGAAUAUGGAUAUCAUGCAGAAUGUAGGAGUUAACAUGAGGGGUAACCAAAUGAACUCCAUGAAUAUGCUGGUUAUGGAUCUUUCCAGAAUUAUUGAUAUUAUGGAUAUGACGACAAAUGAGCGAAGUCUGAUGAUGAACAAAAUUAUGAAAAUAAUCGAUAUGGGAAUGAUAAAUCAAAUCGAUGUUAUGGAAAUGAUUGAAAUGUUGAAAAAUAUAAAAACAAUGCCUAAAAUUGUCAUGAGAAACCAAAUGGACAUGAUGCUUAAGUUAAUUAUGCUCCAGAAUGUUGAUGUGAUGAAAAUGAUGGACAUGUUCAAGAGCGUCGAAAUGAUGAAUACAUUAAAUAUUAAUGACCAAAUGCCGUCCAUAAUGAAAUUAAAGAUGAUGAAGAUGGAUGAUAUGAUGAUUUUAGUCCAGAAAAUUGAUAUCAUGAAACGUAUGGCCCUUAUGGAAAGAAUGCGGAUGAUGGAAAACAUGGAUAUGGCAAUGAAAAUGAAUAUUAUGACCAUAAUGGAUAUUAUCGAUAACAUGAUGGUAAUGAAAAAUAUCGAUAACAUAUUGCGGAAUAUAAUUGUGAUUGAAAAUCAAAUGAAAACCCUGGACUUGAUAUCAAUGAUGGAUAUCCUGAAUUUGAAAAUAAACGACAAAACCGCCUUGAUGAACCAAAUGAAUACUCUCAUGGCAAGAGGAAUGCUUAAUCAAAUGGAAAUGAUGGAAAUAAUUGAAGUGGUGAAAAAUAUGCAAAAUCUCGAUAAAAACGCGAUGAGUGAUAAUUUACGCACCAUGUUACAACUGGUAAUGCUGAAGAGUGUCAAUGUCAGACAACUAAUGGUGAUGAUGCGAAAUGGCGAAUUAAUCGAUAAUUUGGAAAUGAUAAAAGACAUCAAUGUUAUGGAUAAAAUCAAUAUUAUUGAUAUGAUUAGAUCAAUGCAAUUGCAGGAUAAUUUAAUAACGAAAAUGGAGAGGAUGCAAGUCAUGAAUAUCAAGGAUGGUAUGCGAAUGUUGCAUACAAUGGAUCCAAUGGACCAGGAAUUAAUCAUGAAUCUAAUGAUUGUUGUCGAAAGGAUUAUCGACUUGAAGGGUAUGGAUAUGAUGGAAAAUUUGAAUAUCAUUAAAAUUCAGAAUACGAUGCAGGGCAUGAAAAGAAUCAAUAUUAUGGAUGUACUGAAACCUUUGGGUAAAAAUAUGAAUUUGGAUACGAUCAGAAUCGGAGGCAAUAUGGAUAUGAUCAGAAUCGGAGGCAAUAUGGAUAUGGAGAUGAGAAAUAUUGGAUCUAUGGAUGUGAAUAACAUGAUGAUGGGUAUGAUGAACAACAUGGCCAUUAUGAACAAUAUGCCAAUGGAUAUGAUGGAUAAACGCAGCCAACUGAUGGUAAUGGAAAAAAUGCAAGAAAUCUCCAAACGUCUUCGCAGCACUCUACAACAAACAAUAAUCACUUUAAACCAACAACAACAAAUCCCCAUUGAAAUGAGAUUGCAAAAGACCCAUCAAAUUAUACUCAAUGAAAUUAUGAGAGAACUCAUCAAUAUUUCCAAACUGACUUCAACCAUUACGCAAAUGUCUAAUAUCCUUGAAAAUCCCAUAACACAAAUACUCCUACAACACAUCAUGAAUAUUGUUGAGGAAGAAAUGCAGGAGCUUAGUACAAACGUUAUACGCAAUGUAGAGGAAAUCUCUUGGGACUUGGUGAAAAUAAACAACCUGAAAAUUGAUGAGCUACAAACCUAUGUCGAAAAAGUUCCCAUUGAUUUAAUCAAUAUGAAUGGAGUUCAGCAGGAAUCUGCUAUUGGCCAAAUGACCCGCCUUAAUCACAAGAGAUUUACCCUUAAUAUGGACAUAACUUCAGAACGCCAACAGCGAGUAGUUGUGCGCACGCUACUCAUACCCAAAGUCGAUGUCAUGGGCAAGCGAUUGACCAUUGAAAAACAACGUCAGAAUACCAUACUUCUUGACAUAAUGCAUGUGGACCUUAAUGUCGGACGUAAUGUCAUAAGUCGCAACUCAAAGGACAUUACCUGGACGGGUCGUGAUGUCACUCCAUAUAGUGAAAUUUACGAACGUAUUAUGCUUGCCAUGCAGGAUAAUGUUGAUCUAACCAUAAAACCCAUUGUGGGACAAACAACCCUAAUGCCUCAUCGUCUUUUGUUGCCACGUGGCCGCAUUGAUGGCCUACCCAUGCAGCUAAUGGUCAUCAUUACACCAAGUCAAGAACCUACCACGAUGACAAAGAAGACCACGAUGCAGGGCACCCAUUUGGGCAUGGAUUCUCUUAUAUUGGAUAAUUUGCCUUUGACCUAUCCCAUGGAUCGUGAAAUGAAAAAUAUUCAAAACUUGCCACAACUUACCAAUGUUAUGCUUAAAGAUGUCCUGAUUUAUCACAAUGAAGAGCAAGGCAUGUAAAAUCUCAAGGAAUGCCGGGGAUGAUCUCAAAUUUCGACCAAUGGACUGUAACGAACGAAAAUGAAAAAGAAAAAACAUGUGUUAUUAGUUUUUAAGUUAAUUGUAAAUUUAAGAAAACGAAAUGGAUAAAUAAAAGUUCAAAAUUAAGCAAUGCA